AUGGAAGAAAGUGAAAGUAUAACAGAUUUCUUCACUAGAGUUACAAAGCUGGUGAAUCUAAUCAAGGUAUGUGAAGGAGUGUUGACAUCAAGAUCAUUUGUUGCAAAGAUCUUGAGGUCCUUGGCUCCAAAGUUCGACCAUGUGGUAGUAGCCAUAGAAGAGUCGAAAGACUUGUCAACAUUGACGAAGGAAGAGUUUCAAAGGAUGCUUGAGUCUCAUGAACAAAGGAUGACUGAGAGAGCUGCAGGAAAGUCGAAGAGUGAUAUGGCUUUGCAAGCGCAAUUAGAAAAUGAAAUAUUUUAA